CCGCAGCAGCAGCAGCAGCAGCAGCAGCAGCAGCAUCAGCAGCAUGCCUGUAACGCUGGGUUACUGGGAUCUCCGCGGGCUGGCUCACUCCAUCCGCCUGCUCCUGGAGUAUACGGACACCAGCUACGAGGAAAAGAAAUACACGUUGGGGGACGCUCCCGACUAUGACCGAAGCCACUGGCUGAAUGAGAAAUUCAAGCUGGGCCUGGACUUCCCCAACCUGCCCUACCUGAUUGACGGGACUCACAAGCUCACCCAGAGCAAUGCCAUCGUGCGCUACCUCGGCCGCAAGCACAACCUGUGUGGGGAGACAGAAGAGGAGAAGAUUCGUGUGGACAUUCUGGAGAACCAGGCUAUGGACAACCGCAUGCAACUGAUAGCGAUCUGCUACAGCCCUGACUUUGAGAAGCUGAAGCCCGACUACCUGAAGGGCCUCCCAGACAAGCUGACACUGUACUCCCAGUUCCUGGGGAAGCGGCCCUGGUUUGCAGGGGACAAGAUCACCUUUGCCGAUUUCCACGCUUAUGAUGUCUUGGAUGAGAAUCGUAUAUUUGCUCCUGGGUGCCUGGACGCAUUCCCAAACCUGAAGGAUUUCCUGGCCCGAUUUGAGUCCCUGCCAAAGAUCGCUGCCUAUAUGAAGUCCAGCCGCUUCCUCCCGAGACCUGUAUAUUCUAAGGUGGCCAGCUGGAUUGGAAAAUAAGACACUAUAAUGUCAAAGAUAGAAUUGGCUUUGGGGAUCUCAUGCCCCCAGCCCUGCCUCAGCCUUCUCAGUCCUCUCCCUCCACUCCCUCCUCCCAGCCUGCUGCCCCUUGUCCUCUAAGCCAGCCCCUCCCAUAGAGUCGUGGACAGCCUCAGCUCUGCCCUCUUCCUCAGCUAUGGCUCCCUGGACUCUUGUUCCUGCACUGAGGCCAAUACUGUGGCUCCCGUCUUCUGCCAUGAGGGGCCUGAGUGGCCCUGAACUCCCCAAAUGCCAGAGAGGUCUCUGGGCCUGUGCUGGCCCUGCUGCUGAGUGAGAUCUCCCUGGCACUUCGUGCUCCCCAGGAAGCCUGAACCUCAGCCUGGGCCUUUCCUCUUCCCUGGGAGCUCUGGUUCAGUACCGACCAUGCUGGAGUUAGGGGGUCAUGAUUUGUUACUCAAAUUUAUGGCUCUGAAAAUCAAGUAUAUGUAAUACCUAAAGAAAUGAAUGCACUGUG